UUCAUUUGGCAUAAGUGAUGGGUGUUGAAAGAGAAGAGUUUGAAAAGAUCCAGCUUGUUUCUCAGUUCUUCUUGGUAAUAUCCACUGCCAUUCGCUCUUGAGACUGACUGAAAGCAAUUUACAACUUAUAAUAGGAUCAAAUAUAGCUCUGUUUAAGGACAACGGAUUAGUUGGCGCUUUGUCAGCAGGUGAAUAGGCUUUCAGCCUAUGAGGAAAAAAUCUUCAUGGCUUCAGCAGCGACACCAACGUUUCCUGCAACAAAAGAGACAACUAAUUACGCCCGGUUAUGUAGACUUCUGGUGGAUGUCAGUUCACAUAUCCUGAGAGAGACAUUUGAGAAGAAGCGUCCACCAGGAAACCUAGACAAAGUUUUUUCCACUUCUCCAGUACAGGAUGUGCUAGGAGAACUCAGAAGAAAAAAAGUGCUGAAUCCAUCACAAUGGGGAAAACUGUAUCCCACUAUAAAGUCUUCUGUUUCAUCCAACAAUUUCGAUAUCACUCUGCUGAUGAUUUUGCUGAGGAACAUUUGUGGUCUUGUUCCUCCAUCUACCGGCUGGGAUACACUUCCCCAUACGGCAGACUUAUCCCUGGAGGCAGAUAUCAUUCGUAUCAAGUGCUACAGAAACACAGUUCAUGGUCAUGCCAGCAAGGCCUCAGUUGAAGACCCAACAUUCAACCAAUACUGGCAGAACAUCCAAGAUGCACUGGUGAGAUUGGGAGGAGCAGGUUACCAAAGUGCUAUUGAUGAUCUGAAAAAAGAAUGUAUGGACCCUGAUUUUGAGGAACACUACAAAGAGCUUCUUAAACAGUGGGUGAUGGAUGAAGUCAGCAUCAAGGAGAGAUUAGAUGUACUGCAUGACAAGAUUGAGAAGGGGAUUCAUGAAUUGGGAAUGAAAAUUGUCGAUCCUAAUGGGAGGAAAGAUAAUAUCACGAAAACGGAGAGAAAAGAGGAUGUCUUUAUCCUGAUACUGGGAGAGACAGGAGUUGGGAAGUCCACCUGGAUCAAUGGAAUUGCCAACUAUUUGAAGCACAGCUCUCUCCAAGCCGCCAUGGAUGCCCGUGAUUUUACUGUUUUGAUACCAUUUAGGUUUGCCUUUACGAGUGAAGAAGGGAAAAGGGAAGAAGUUUCCUUUGGUUCUGAUGGAAAUGAAGUUUUUGCAACCGGUCAAUCUGCUACCCAGUCCCCUCGGGAGUAUAUGUUUGAGACAGACUUCGCUCGGGUCCACCUCAUCGACACUCCGGGCAUCGGGGACUGUCGCGGAACUGAAAAGGACAAAGAACACUUUGAAGACAUUAUGGCCUUUCUCGGCUUCUACGACAAGAUCCAUGCCGUGGUUGUGCUUCUCAAGCCAAACAAUUCCAGGUUGACUGUGGCCUUCAGAUUUUGUGUGUUGGAGCUGCUCACACAUCUUCACAAGUCGCUGAAAUGCAACAUUAUAUUUGCUUUUACUAACUCCAGGGCAACGUUUUACCAGCCAGGAGACACCCUGCCAGUUCUCGAGGAACUGCUUAAGGAAAAUAACCUUAGGGAAAUCGAUGUCUCACCAUACAACUAUUUUUGUUUCGACAACGAAGCUUUCAGAUUUCUUGCCUGCAUCAAGGAGAGAAUUACAUUUACUGCGAAACAGAUUAACACCUACGCAGAGAGUUGGGAUGCGUCGUGUGAAACUACGACCAAGCUCUUCCAGAAAGUGAUGGACAUGAAACCGCAUGAGACAAAGAAGACGUUGAGUCUGAACGUGGCGAGGAACUACAUACUUGCCUUGAGCAAACCAAUGGGGGAAACUGUUGAACUAAUUAAUUUGAACUUGCAGAAGAUCAAGGAGGAAAAGGAGAAGUGCAAGGCUUUCGACAGCGAUAUUAACAGUUUCCGAGCUCAGUUAAAUUUUAAGGGGUUUGAUCUUACAAUUGAGAACCUAGAUUACCCCAUGACUGUAUGUGCUGGUCAAGGAUGUAAGAAGUAUGUCAAUGUUGGUGAAGAUCGCGUGAGGCACACUGUCUAUGAUCAGAUCUGCCAUGAUCAUUGCUACCUCCCAGGAGUACCCUGCGAGACUAUAAACAACCCGAAGCUUCAUAAAUGUAGCGCAAUGGACAAUGGUCGUUGCAAAAAAUGUUCUCACACCUACAAAGAACACAUGCAUAUCACCUACAAAUCUAAUCUCGUGGAGAAGGAAUUCUUCUCUAGGGAAACACAAAGGAUUAUUUUGGAGAAGGAAGAUAUGAAGUCCCAGAAGAAAGAGUUCAUUCGUCAGUUGAAGAAGCGCAUUCAAGAGUUAGAAGAUGAAAAGGAUUACAUUUAUGAAAGCGCAUCCUUUUUUGGCCUCUUUCUCAAGAAAAACGCCAUGAUCCCUUACAACGAUUACUUCAGCGAGUACAUCGACAUGCUGAUCAAAGAUGAGGAAGCUAAGGAGAAGAAGAUCAGAGACGACGAGAAGAUCAGAAAGUUCAAGACGGAAAAAAAGGCCUAUGAGGAGAAGAAAAAACUUCUCAUCGACACGAUGAGCUCUGAGAAAAAUUUUGCAAAUUCGCACUUAGAGGAAAUCUACGCAAGAAAAGAAAAGCUCUGUUCUUUGAAGCACAAUGGAAAGAUGCUGAAAGACGCUCUAGAUGGUGUCAUGACGACAACACAGAAAAUGUACAAAGAAAAAAGAAUCAGCUGCUUGCAAGUCAAUGGGAGUGACCAGUUAUGGAGCCGCUACCUCAACAAAGGGAACCCUUUCUAGUGAACUUCCUCAGCACCAACCUCAGCUUUCAGUAACCUGUACAAACUCCCUCAGUUGAGAUGGAAAGAUUUACAAAUAUUUGAAUAGACACUAAUUUAUGUCAGUAGCAGUGAGCAGGUAUUUUAAAGAGUACUCUAUAAACAACAUAACGUUCUGUGUAUAUUUAGUGGCUAACGAUUUGCACUGUAGUUUAUACAUUUGGUGCUUGUUAUGUUAUGUUAUGUUUCAUCAGAUUCUGUGUUUUCUAAAGAAUGCAAUGAGAAAUUAUAAAUUCUUUGUUUCCUCGUAUCAAAAACCGUAAGCCUUACGACUGAGUCGGAAAUAUAUUUGAUAUCCUAGCUGUUUUUCGAAAUUAAGAAAUAAGUUUUUUGAAGCAAGACUUCACUUGAAGCCCUAUGGACUAAUUGAGGCCUUGCAACCCAAUAAAUAAAAUUGACAGCUGCCUCUAUUCAGAAUAAUAUUUGUCCAUGGAUAUUUACUGUUUAGAGAAGCAAAUAUUUUUCCAAUAUUGAUUCUCAAAAAAAAACCUUUGUAAUGGAAUGUUUCCAGUGUGAUCACAUCUGUCAAAAAAGAAGUAGGUGGGAAGAAAGAGAGAUGACUGUUAAAUGUUAAAUGGUCUAUUGUAGGCUAAUGUAGGGUUAACCAAAACUGGCCUUUAGUUAGCCACAUGGGUUUCCGUUUUUUAACUCUGAACAGGACAAUUUUGAAAUCCUGCUUGUAAAGCACAUAAUCGGUUUAGUUUACUUCCGUUUCAGUUAUUUCCGCGCCUUCAUAUAUAUAUCAAUCACUCAACAACAAGAAAAGAAUUAAGGAUAAAAAAUAUAGGCGAAGAAGCCUUUGUCUUUUAGUUUCUGGUCAGUUGACUGCAUGCUUUGGUCAAAAUUGUUUUGGAAAUAGACACUUGCUUAGUAGCUUUGUUAAAAGAAUGGUUUUGUCAUGUAGGGGAUCAGUCAGGUUGCUAAUAUAAGGGUAUCUCGACUAGCCAUCAUUUUUUCGUGGGGUGUUUAUCAGUAUUAAAAGAGUUUCGGAGUGUUGUUUUAUCCAUAAAAAAUUACCACGGGCUAAAUCAUUCUAUACAUAACAAUGAUUUACCUUAGUUCUUAGCAUAUACUUCAUAUUCAUAGAAUUCUCAGUUUACGGGUUUUAACUGAAUUAUGUUAGGGGAAUAAAGAAGUGUGUUUU